AUGUCCUUAAAAAUGGCCGGACUAUUCAGCCGCACCACUCGAGUGGCGAUUGAGUCCAUUCCCUCAAAUCGCAUUCUCCCUUCUCUCCGAAUCUCCCACCCGCAAUACCGCGCCUACACCCAAGCGCAACGGCCCCGAUGCACCGCGAACAUCCAGACCAUGCUUUCUGCCCGGAAUGGCAAUAACUUCUCAACAAGUGCCUUCCGGGCUAAGGCCAAGACUAUGGGUCAGCUCCGUCAGCGGAACUCUACCGGUCCGUUUUCAUGGAAGGCGGCGCUGCUGUUCGUUCUCACGGGUGCGGGUAUGAUGAUUUAUUUCCGUGUUGAAAAGGCGCGUCUGGAGCGCAAGCGUAUUGCGGAGAUGAGCAAGGGUGUUGGAAAGCCUAAGGUUGGAGGUCCGUUUGUGUUAAAGGAUCUUGAUGGGAAGGAGUUUACGGCGGAGGAUCUGAAGGGGAAAUACAGCUUUGUCUACUUCGGUUUCACUCACUGCCCGGAUAUUUGCCCCGACGAGCUGGACAAGAUGGCUGAGAUCAUUGACAAGGUCAAGGAAGCUACCAAGGACGAUAAGGUCUUCCUGCCCGUCUUCAUCACCUGCGAUCCCGUCCGUGAUACCCCCGAUGUUCUGCGCGCCUACCUCCAGGAGUUCCACCCUGGCAUUGUUGGCUUGACUGGUACCUACGAGCAGGUUAAGCACGUCUGCAAGCAAUACCGUGUAUACUUCAGCACACCGAGGGAUGUUAAGGCUGGCGAGGACUACUUGGUUGAUCACAGUAUUUACUUCUAUCUGAUGGAUCCCGAUAACGAUUUCGUCGAGUGUAUUGGCCGACAGGAUACCCCGGAAUCCGCAGCCAAGGUGAUCCUGGAGCACAUCAACGAUUGGAAGCGCGAGGGACGACCAAUGAAGACCGAGUAA